AUGCACAAGAUAUCGAACUUCACCGGCUACGCCCGGCAUGGCAUGGAGAAAAUGACGCCUUCAAUGGGCUUCGGCAUGUCGAGAUCCCACAACGAGAUGCCGGCGCAGACACCCGUCAAACGCCCAGUGGGCGCGAACGCUUCUUCACCCGCGCCUCCACCCGGGACGCCAGUCAACCUCUCGUUUAAUGUGCCUUUCUCGUCCAACCUCGCCGGCCCUGAGAUGGAGGACAUAAUAUACGCGAGUCCGGGCGGGUUUGCCCGCUGGACCCAUCCGGAGGGGACGGAAGAGGGUACUCCAAACCACAAGCUCCCAGUACACGUUCAAAACAUCGAGAAUCUCAAGGCACUGUGCCGACAGAUUAGUGAGAACAGCGAUGGAAGAAUGCACGCCAACGUCAUCUCGUCCGAGCCCCAGCCAAUUCCCGGUUUGCAGCGCGGUCCGCUGAAUGCGCUGGUCACCAACGUCUGCCUGUCUGGCGAGGUGGACCUCGUGAAGCAAAUUCGAGCGCGCAUCCUAAACGAGACCCCCAUUUCAUUGCGGUGUGCCACAGUUGAUAUCGAUUACGGUCUGGUCAUCGAUGCAGCUCAGAAUGGCGUCAAGUCCGUCGUGCUGAACCACCUAGAUGAAGUGGCAAAGUUGACCAAGGCGGAUAUCUUCCUACUGCAGCCCAAGCAGGUUGACAUCGAAACGGCCAGCUUCAAUGGGACCUUCGAUACCAACCUAGACCAGCGGUUACGGUGCCUCAUAUAUGGCGACAUGGAGAGUGCAGAACACGCGAAGACUCGGAUAUUGAUAAUGAUUGAUCAGAUUCUCAACCGCCACGUUGAUAUUAUGAAGCUCGAGCUUACAUUACAUUUCAUGAUCUGCGGUCGAGCGCGCAAGAACAUCAAGCUUAUCGAGUCCGCCACCAACACUGCGAUCUACUUCCCGCCGCCGUUCCCCCGACUUUAUGGCUACACGCCGCCUGGAGCUACUCGUAGAGGGGACGAUCAAAUCAUCAUCACUGGAGAGCGACAAGAAGACAUCCUGAAGGCGAAGCACAGGCUGCAUGACCUUGUCGUGUCCGGCAAAUCGUACAUGAAGAACGUCGUGGUAACAAACACCAAGAUCGAUAGCAUUCUCCUUGAGCGUCUAGAUAAGGUGCGGAAGAUCAUAGAGAAUAACGGAUCGUACAUUCUCCUCCCUCCUCUUGGCAUGCAGCAGGGCCUAGUCCGAGUUCAGGGUACAGACGUCCUCAGCGUUGAAAGGACCAUUCGGGAACUCAUGGCUCUGGCCGGCCAGUUCUACAGUGCUUCCUGGUUCAUCACGCAUCCGGAUCCAAGCCAGCGUCCUCCCACAGCUAGCGAUGUCAGGGCCAUGCUGGCAGACAUCUGCAUCAACUCGGGCGCCGAGAUCAGCUUUGAAAAGCUCAACUUCCACAUCUAUGGAUCCGAUGACUCUGUCAAGGCUGCCAUGAUGGUGAUCAACAACAUCCCGUUUGUCAAGAAGUCGCAGUACACGAUGAGAAUCAAGGUUGAACUCGCCAACGAGCACAAGGAGUUCGUCAGCGGCAAGAAGAAUGGCAAAAUUAACAAAAUCAUGAGCCACAGCAACGUUCAGAUCGUGUUUGACGGUUUCAACGAGUACAACUUCUACAUUGACGUACGAGGUGCUCAGUACGAGGCGACAAAGAUGGGCCUGGAUCUUGUCGAACAAGAGAUGCCUGCAUCCAUCUCGUUCCACGUUCCAGACCAGUAUCACAAGCGCAUCAUUGGCAUCGGUGGCCAGCACAUCCAGCGGAUCAUGAAGAAGUACUCCGUCUUCGUCAAAUUCUCCAAUGCUAUGGACCGAGGGAAUCUCAACAAGGAAGAAGAGGACAUCAAGGUCGACAAUGUCAUCUGCCGCACACCUGCUCGCAAUGCGGGAAACCUGGACCUGGUCAAGCAGGAGAUCAUGGACAUGGUCGAGAAGGCGGACAAAGAGUUCGUGUCUGAGCAUGUCGUCAUCAAUCGCCUCUAUCACCGUGAGCUCAUUGCGCGCAUGUCGGAGAUCGAGGAGCUGGAAAAGAAGUGGAACUGCAAAGUACAUUUCCCGAGCACUGAACAAGCAAGCGACAUUGUCACCGUUUCUGGCCCUGAGUGGCAGGUACCGCAGGCGGUUGAUGAGUUCUUGGGCAUGGUUCCAGAGACUCACGAGCUUACUUUCCAAGCUUCUCCCGAGCUUCGAGCCUACAUUAGGUCUGCAGAGUUUCAACAAGAUGUUGUUGAGAAGAUGAAGUCACAGUACGUAGUCGACAUCCAUCUUAGCCCAGCCCAGCAACAACCGGCAGAGAACGGCGAAGAGGAGCCGGAAAGUCUUGUGUUGAGCUACACUCGAAACAAUGCCGGUGGAUUGAAGGACGCGAUCGACUACUUUGUUUCUCGGCUCGUUACCCACGGACUCGAUGCAUCAACUGUGAAGGGUGCUAUCCCGCGUCCAAAGUCGGACUCGUUCGAGGACACACUGCCGUUCUUCGAGUCGAAGUUACUCCAACGAGCAGAACCACCGGUUGAAGCCGCCGACUCGCCGACUCGCUCGCACUUCGGCGAUGAUGCACCUGAACGCUCGGGUUUCCUGGACCGUUUACGCAAGCCCGGCAGCAUGUCAUCCUUCACGUCCAUGCUCGAACGGCGCAAGAACGGCUCGAACUCCCCUGGUUCUCUCUUCAAGCAUGCCUCCAGCAACGCCUCCAAAGCAUCCCUUGUCAGCCUUGAGUCUCAAGGCAGUUACCGCAACCCAUGGAACGACAGCGGCAUCAACCUGGCAGACGAAGAGCACAACGGCAACCACGUCUCCAACCACGCUCCCCACAACUCCAACCACAGCAACACCUGGCCGAUGCCAGGAUCCUCCCACUCCCAUCAAAGUAAAUUCUUCUUUGGCAAUCAUACUGCAACCAUGUCGGGGGAUAUAACCCCACGAUACGAUCCGCGCGGAUCCGUGGACAGCGGACGACCGAGCACUUCUCAUUCUGCUUCUGGAUACCCGGCCCCGAUUGGGCCUCCUCGUUAG